AUAAUUCCAUGUGUUUUUUUCUACUGAAACCAGCGACUAUAGUACGACGGCCCCCAGCGUCUGGUUCCUGAACUCCCAGCACCUCCACCCGAAAAUUACCCAGAAUUGAACCCUAAUUUUGUGAUCCUUCUCUCUCUGAAGGUCCCACGAAUUUAUUCAUUUGUAUUGAAAAUUCGAACAAAUAAUUCCCUUUCCCAAUCUUUGCCCUAAUCAUUUUCAAAUUAACAUCUCUGUCCUUAACUGAAACCAGCUCACGUGUAUUUUAUUUUUGGGUUAUUAGUUUCUGUGGAUCAAGUUUCGAUUCUUAGCUCGAUUUCGAGGAUUUCAACAAGCGGAUGGUGUGAGGAAUUGUUGAAAGGCUAUAUAUAAUAAUGGGUAGCAGUGAUAUGGAUAAAACAGGAAAGGAGAAGGAGGCCAAGACACCAUCUGCUGCUUCUACACAGGAACAGCCUUCAACUGCCGGUGCUGCCACUGUAAAUCCAGACUGGUCUGGGUUUCAGGCCUAUUCUCAUAUACCUCCACCAGGGUUCUUGGCAUCAAGUCCCCAAGCUCACCCAUAUAUGUGGGGGGUUCAGCACAUUAUGCCUCCCUAUGGUACCCCACCACAUCCAUAUGUUGCAAUGUAUCCUCACGGUGUAUAUGCUCAUCCGUCCAUUCCCCCGGGUUCUUAUCCUUUUAGUCCUUUUGCAAUGCCUUCUCCAAAUGGUAUCGCUGAGGUUUCUGGAAACACUCCUGGCAGCAUGGAAGCCGAAGGAAGACCAUCUGAUGCCAAGGAAAAAUUACCUAUUAAAAGGUCCAAAGGAAGCUUGGGCAGUUUAAACAUGAUUACUGGGAAGAAUAAUGAGCAUGGGAGAACAACAGGAGCAUCUGCUAAUGGAGCUUAUUCGAAAAGUGCUGAGAGUGGAAGUGAAGGCACAAGUGAAGGAAGUGAUGCGGAUUCUCAGAGUGACUCACAAAUGAAGUCAGGUGGCAGACAAGAUUCUCUGGAAGAAACAUCUCAGAAUGGUGGUUCUGCACAUGCUGCUCAGAAUGGAGGACAGGGUGCAUCUACAAUCAUGAAUCAAACAAUGGGUGUCCUGCCAAUAUCUGCUGCCAGUGCCCCGGGAGUUAUACCUGGUCCCACAACCAACUUAAAUAUUGGAAUGGACUAUUGGGGAGCCCCUGUUGCUUCUAGUGUUCCUGCAAUUCGUGGGAAGGUUCCUUCUACUCCAGUUGCUGGAGGGAUUGCUACUGCUGGAUCACGGGAUGUUGUUCAAUCGCAGCAUUGGUUACAGGAUGAAAGAGAGCUUAAGAGACAGAGAAGGAAGCAGUCAAACAGAGAAUCUGCUCGCCGGUCCAGGUUGCGUAAACAGGCUGAAUGCGAUGAGCUGGCCCAACGUGCUGAAGUUUUAAAAGAAGAAAAUGCCAAUCUUAGAUCAGAAGUAAAUCGGAUCAAGAGCGAGUAUGAGCAGCUUCUUGCAGAGAACGCCUCUCUCAAGGAGAGGCUCGGGGAAGUUCAUGGACAAGAAGAUUCCAGGGCUGGCAGGAAUGACCAACAUACGAGCAAUGAUACAAAACAGACUGGACAAACAUAGCUUCUUCAGGGUGGUCUCUAGGAUCUAGGUACUCUGUUUUCAUGCAGCUUUGAAGGAGUAUAACCUAACCAAUUAGCAACAGGAGUUUUCUUCAUAUUUUACAUAGCAUCUAGUUUGAAUUUAUCGAAGCUGACCUUUGUAGUUUUAGGAUAUGUUCAUCUCAUAUCAUCCUAAAAUUCUUAUUGGGUCCAUCUGUAACCCUUGAAGACCUAGGAUGGGAUGCAGAGUGAAAUUUGAGUUGUACCCUGUUUUAAGAGGGCAGUAUCCACACUUUUCUUAUGUUUAUCUGUAUUAAAAAACUUGGUUGAGGAUGGUGUUAAUUGUUAAACUUAACUGUGCUAUAUUCUAUAUAAAUCCCUAAAUACAGUGUGCCUGGUUCUUA